UAGGGGAUGGGCGGGGCUUGGGGCGGGGCUUGGGGCUAUAAGAGGCCCAGGUGAGCAGCAGGUGUUCAGACAGCAUGGAUCUGGACAGGUCUACCUGCAGCCUUUACUCCAGCGCCACUCCGUUUCCGUGGCCGGUUCCGAACCCGGUCCACGGCACCGCUCCACUCUGGUCCUGGUUCUGCUCCUCGGAUCUGCUGGGCCCGGUGCGGCCCCCAUACUCGUACUCGGCCCUCAUUGCCAUGGCGAUCCAGAGCUCACCCAAUCAGAGGCUGACGCUGAGCCAGAUCUACAGCUUCGUGUCGACCCAGUUCCCAUUCUACGACCGGAACCGGGCAGGCUGGCAGAACUCCAUCCGCCACAACCUGUCGCUCAAUGACUGCUUCAGGAAGGUCGCCCGUGGCGACGGCGACCCAGGUAAGGGAAGCUACUGGACUCUGGACCCAGACUGCGGGAAGAGAUUCGACAACGGCAGCUUCCGCCGCAGAAGGAAGAGGAAGUCUGACAAGAAGCCAUCAUCAUCAUCAGAGCCCAGCUCCAAAUGUCCCAGCAUGCACUGCAGUAGCUCUACUCUUCCUCACUCCGACUCCUCCUCUUCAUCGCUGAACUUCCUGGUUCCAGACUCCACUCCUCCUAUUCCUCCUCUUCCUUUCUUCCCCCCGGCCCAGUGGACUCCCCCCCCACUCCCCUGCCUGGCCGAUCAUCAGGCCUGCAUGGAGCCCGGUUCUGGUUCUGACCCGGAUCCCGGUUCUGAUCUGGAUCCUGGUUGUGAUCUGGGUUUCUCUGAGUUCUUCAGUGAUGCUCUGCUCGACUUUCUGCUUCUCCAGUGAAAAAACUCCACUUUUAUAUUUAUCCAGUUAAAUAAUAAGGUGAUCAACUUUAGAACAAAGAAAAAAACAAAGAAAAAAAAGUGUUCAUUUUUAUUGUUUUUAAAAUCAGAUAUUCAUUAAAAUAUCCAUUAAAAACAAGUCUACAGUCCAACUUUAAUUGUUUUAUGUGUGUUUUAAAAAUCAUAAACUGUAACUAUUACUGUAAAUAAAUUGAUUUUCC